AAUGAAUAAACGUCAGAAUCAGAGCACGUCACAGAAAAAUAGUUAAUGUUUGGGUGCAGUGUCAUAGCAUCCCUGUAAUUUAUCUAUAAAUUAUCAAAUUAAAAACAUGUCGUCGUCAUAUUUAUCAACAGGUCGUUUAAAUGUAGGAAUAAUACAAGAACAAGCAAGAAAACAAUUACUUUGCUUGCUCGAAAAAUGUGAUGGCACAAAGGCAAUUAUUUGGGAUCAAUCUCUUGCAGGACCAAUCGGUCUUGUUGCAAAGUAUAAUUUGCUUGAGGAGCAUGAUGUUGUUAAGAUGUAUCCUUUAUCUGGUGGAAGUUUGACAAUACCAUCAAAUAUUGUUAAUAUAAUCUUUAUUACCAGACCUCAAUUAUCACUCAUGGAUUUAAUUGCUGAAAAUGUUCAUGGUGAAGAAGGAAAAAGACCACGAAAAGAAUUUCAUUUAUUUUUUGUACCAAGAAAAAGUCUUCUUUGUCAAAAGAAACUUCAGAAUAGAGGUGUUUUUGGUAGUUUCACACUUAUAGAAGAAUUUAAAUGUGAUCUAUUUCCCUUUGAUAAUGAUCUUCUUUCCAUGGAACUUAGCGGAUCAUUUAAGGAAUUUCACUUAGAAAAUGAUCCAACCUGUUUGUAUCAAGUUGCACAAGCCAUUCAUGGUUUACAAAGAAUAUAUGGAAAAAUUCCAAAAGUGACAGGAAGAGGUCCAGCUGCUGAUAAAGUUUGGGAGUUAUUAAAAAGAUUAAAUAGAGAAGAAGAAGAUUCUAAAACAUCCACUCAGUCCCCUACUAUAGAACAUUUAUUGUUACUGGAUAGAUCAGUAGAUUUACUUUCACCUUUAGUUACUCAACUGACAUAUGAAGGAUUAAUAGAUGAAAUUUUUGGAAUAAAAUACAAUACUGUACAGUUACCUGCAAGAAGGUUUCAUGAUUCACAAGAUCCUCCAACAGCAAUGUCUCUCAAUGAAAAGGAACAAAUUAUAUUGAAUUCUGGAGAGGAGUUGUUUGCAGAAAUUAGAGAUAAGAAUUUCAAUGGAGUAGGACCUGUUCUUAGUAGAAAAGCUAAAGUUAUUUCAUCACAGUUUGAUGAGAGACACGGAGAUAAAAGUGUGCAAGAAAUUAAGCAAUUUGUCGCGCGAUUACCGCACAUGUUAGCUACUAAACAAUCUUUAGCAAAACAUACAACAAUAGCAGAAAUGAUCAAAGAAGUAACAGAUUCAAGCAGUUUUCUGGAGUCAUUACAAGUUGAACAAGAAUUGUUAAAUUGCAUUGAUGCAGAUAAACCAAAUGCUUACAUAGAAGAUAUGAUAGCACAACAGCAACCACUUCUUAAGGUCUUGAGACUUCUUUGUAUACAGUCGUUGACAAAUUCUGGACUCAAGCCGAAAUUAUUAGAUUAUUAUAAAAGAGAAAUAAUACAAACAUAUGGAUAUCAACAUUUGCCAACUAUAUUAAACUUAGAAAAAGCUGGAUUAUUAAAACAACAACAAUCCGCUCGCCAAUAUGCGGUUUUACGUAAAGCAUUGAGGCUUACAGUUGAAGAUGAAAGUGAAAUUGCACCAAAAGAUAUUAGUUACGUUCAUUCCAUAUACGCACCAUUAAGUGUUCGAUUAGCAGAACAGCUUGUGCAACCAAAUGGUUGGCAAGGUUUAAAUGAUGUUAUGGGUUUGUUACCAGCUCCUACUAUCAAUGUUCCAUCCAAUGUCUUACCUGGAAGAAAAAAUUCCGUUACCAGUGAAGAUUCUAAUUCAGAACCACCAAAAUUAGUAAUGGUCUUUUUUAUUGGAGGAUGUACAUUUGCAGAAAUUUCUGCAUUGAGAUUUUUGUCCCAGCAAGACGACUUAAACGUAGAAUUUGUUAUCAGUACCACAAAACUAAUCAAUGGAAACACGUUUCUAAUGUCAUUAAUGGAAAAUUUAGAAGGUACAUAAUCGUCUGGUUGAAUAAGUGCAUUUACUAAGAAGAAUGGUCUACUUACAAAUCCAUAUAUACAUACAUAUAAGAAUGCAGAAUUUAGACUGAUUAAUACAUUAUUAAUCAUAUAAAAAUUUCUUUUCUAUCAUAUUUAUAAUGCAAUGCAAUUGUACAUACAUAAUAUGUAUAUAAUUAUUCAUAAGUACAUCUUACAGUAUAAUAAACUAUGUAAGAUAAAGUUGUGUUAAUAUAUAAAUGCAAUAUCUACAUGUAUAAAAAUCACACCAAAGUUUUGUAAAAGUAAAAAAAUAUACAAAAUAUACAUCUGAA